GCGGUCCUCCGAGGGCCGGCACUGCGCCCAUGGCGGGCCCGGUCAAGGACCGCGAGGCCUUCCAGAGGCUCAACUUCCUCUACCAGGCCGCCCACUGCGUCCUUGCGCAGGACCCCGAGAACCAGGCGCUGGCCAGAUUCUACUGCCACACUGAGCGGACCAUCGCCAAGCGGCUCGUCCUGCGUCGGGACCCCUCGGUGAAGAGGACCCUCUGCCGUGGCUGCUCUUCCCCGCUCAUCCCGGGCCUCACCUGCACCCAGCGCCAGAGACGCCGCAAGGGACAGCGCUGGACAGUCCAGACCUGCCUAACAUGUCAGCGCAGCCAACGGUUCCUCAAUGAUCCCAGGCAUCUGCUCUGGGGAGACCGGCCUGAGGCCCAGCUGGGGAGUCAGGCAGAUCCCAAACCGCCACAGCCUGGGCCAAACACAGCCCACUCCGAUCCAGCCCACCUCCCUAAGGAGAAGGUGCAGGCCCAGAGCUCCAGUCACCAGUGAGGGAUUCACCCCGCAUUCUAAAUAAAUAAACUUGAUCCUAGCUUC